AUGUCAAGCUCUCAGACAACGGAGAAAAUCUCCCUCCACCACCAGGCAGACGAUACCGGCUACCGCCUCAUCGAACUCCCUUCAGAGCUGGAAUCUCUCCUCGAAUCAGAAAACGCCCCAGUUCUCACCCUCGAGUCUUCCGAGACCUCAGCCCUGCUCAAGACGCCAGAUAGGACGUACGCCCUGCGCCAGAAAAAUACGUCCAACUCUGUCAUUCUACUCUCUCCAACUACAACAUCAACAUCACAAGACCAGGGCAUGUCUGCCAUCUCCACCAUUCACGAAACAGUCGAGCUGGAGCUGGUGCCACAAGCCGUGGCUACGAGCGGCCCGCUCAAGAACACAGGUAGCAGGGGCAAGUGGCACGAAAGGUUCGGAAAAGGACGGUAG